AAGAUGACCCAGCUGAAGUUGUGGCCCAUAAAACUAAAAAGGGUAGAAAAAGAAUUAGAGCAAAAGCACUUUCUAACUCACGUAAAAAAAGUAAAACUUCAUCUCUCGUAGAUCAUAUUUUCCCACAACUCCAAAAGAUAACCAAACUAAUCCCGAUAAAAGCCAAACUGAUCCAAAAGAAGGGACCUUAA